CUUAAAAAGAAGCUAUUGGCCGAUGUACUUCCUGAAAUCACCGCUGACCAGUUAAAAGUCCCCCAUCUUGCGCUAUUGGAAGACAUGCCUCACAUGACCCUACAGAGUGCACUGUGGAAUCAUUCCCUCGUGACUGUAAAACGGGUUAAGGGACAGGAGGGUAGUAGAACGCUUGUGAAGAGAGAGGUGGAUAUAUUGUGGUAGGAUGUCUUUUUGUUAGUCGUAAGGCAGUAGAGAAAUUGUGCUCAUCCCCCCUGUACAAUUGCCAACCACCAAAGUAAUUAAUAUUUCCAUUGCAUAGAUAUCGUUUGACAUCGUUAGUGGAAUUUCCUAAAAAAAAUGAAAAAAAAUAAAAAUGCAAAGGUAGUGUAAGAACAAAAAUUCCUCUUCUUUGGUUUUCACCCUUAUUUCUCCAAGUUGCUGCACACUUUGUUACUUCGAGUGAAUGCCUGUGAAAUCGCAUUCAAUCAACAAUGAACAAUGAUUGCUAUUGUGCACCAGUGACUGCGAAUAAUGGAGGUCAUGUGACUUAGAAGGCGGGAAAACUAUCAAACAGGGAUCCAAGAUAACAGGUAACAUCAGCUCACGGUUUUUUUCUUCUUGAUUUCAUUUCUACAGCCGUUUACAACAUCCACACCUAGCAAAACUUCUGGCGGUAUGUUUAGAUCCUGAUCCAGAUCAUCUCUGUCUUGUAAUGGAGCAUUUUCAGUUUGCUUCUCUCAACCACCUGCUACACAAGACCCAAGAAAAGAUGAGCCUAUCUAUGAGAAUUCAUCUUCUAUUAGAUAUAGCCAACGCAAUGCUUUAUAUUCACAGCCUCUCCAUAAUUCACGGAUUUCUUAGCUCAUUUUCAGUUUUCAUUGACGAGAAGUUUAGGGCAAAGAUCGGUAACCUAGAGUUUUCUCAGAAAGUUGGAGACUUGAAUCAUGAGAUUGCAUGUCGCAAGAUACAAAAGAACUGGAUGGCACCCGAGCAAAUCUUACAUGAGCCACCAGAUACAUUUUCCGAUGUUUACAGGUUGGUUCAAUUUGCGUUCAGUUUCCUUUUUGAACUCUGAUAGGCAACCUAAGGGUGCAUUGUCAUCGAUUAUUUUCGUCUUCUCCAGGGUCCAAUUGUUCAAAGGUUGGAUAACGCUAUCCUACGGGUAACUCACCCGUAGGAUAGCAUAGGGAUAGGGUAACUUACCCGUAGGAUAGCGUUAGCAAACCAAAAUACCGAUAGGAGAAUUUUCUGAAAUGAACAGAAUAGCGAAAUAGCGAUAGCAAACCGAAAUCCAGCGGAUAAGUGUCAAGGAAACGUACUGCGCCAUCCACCGGAUUUAAGAUUUAUCCAGUGGAUAGCGUUAUUCACCCUUCAAACAACCGACGCCAGGUGAUUAUUCUUGGUUUAUUGAAAUAAUUACAAAUUGCACGCUAUAAAACACAUUUCGAUUGAGUGAAACCAAAACCACAGUAUUGCAAGAGUGAGUCAGGAGGUAGGAAGAUAUCACUGUUGCAUACAGAAUAGACUUAUCGAGCUGAUUAAUUCUGUUUGCUGUUUUCAUCCAGUUUUGGCGCUCUAAUGUGGGAGUCCUUGGCUAGAAAGGUUCCGUGGUCAUGGCUGACGGGAAUCACAUUAAAACAAGCUCUCUGUCGGGAUCGCAUGAUCCUUCCUAUGCUGGAAAUCUGGCCAAGCUUCAUUCAGUCUAUCAUGAAAAAAUGUUUCAGUGACCCCGCAGGUCGGCCAAGUUUCCUUAAUCUACAUAAGUACCUCCUGACAACUGAAAGCUGUGCAGAAGGACUGACUUCAGAAAUCAUGGACGGAGCCUUUCUUGAUUGGUACGAAUUUCAUGUUGGUGGCAAACAGGACGAGACUCAUAAAGUAAGGACCAGGACUAUUUCAGAGAUUAACCCCAGUUUAAACACUAGUGGAAAGCCAGAAAUUUACGCGAUGCGAAGACGUUCCUCGUCUCAAGCGAAUGGAAGGCGCAGAAGUACGCAUCUAACAAGCGGCUUGAAAGAUGCUUUAAGAAUAUUUUCAAAUAAAGCGCAAACUCGAAGGGAAAGAGAGAUUGAACAAUAUGGCUACCAAACUGAGGAAAAAUUACAGUUGGUUCGAGACGUUCAUCGACGGGCUCGAAACUACUCACGUUCCAAAUGGGCAAAGGAGGUUGCCUUAACCAGAGCAAUAGAGAGAGAUUUAGGGAGAGUCCAAAGGAGAAAAUGGAAAAAUGAUGGCACUGCCACGAAAGUCUCAACAUCGAUGAUACAUGGAAGGAAUAGUAGUGUUUUGGAUGAGGAUGAUUUUGACAGACUACUUGUGACAUCCUCUAAGUACUCGAAGAAGGACUGGUCUAAAGUACGACAUGGAAUGCAAAAGUUAAAGAACUCAAUGAGAGGAUUUAAGGAAAAGGUCAAGGAAGAGCUCAGCGUCUCGGGUGAGAGAGAUCUGGCUAAUUAUGACAGCUUUCCCGAAAAAGGUGUGGUAAAGACACUCUUUGAGAACGCAGGAACAGCUAAGGAAAGCGCUACACUGUUUUCAUCGUUUGAAAAUGAGACAACCAACAAAACACUGUCUUUAAAGAGAAACAUUCAGGAAGUGCAUCAUUCGAAAGAUUCCGUUCACAGUCCAUCUCAGUCACUUAAUAAACCAUUGAAAGGGAGAAGGGAGUAUGUGAGGCAAGAAAAGGGUGUGCUACUUUCUGCACCAACUUCUGCUGAUGAAAGGGAUACUCCCAACACCCGUGAAGGAACGGAGAUCGGUGGCAACCUCAAGGGUAAUACCUUACGUAAUAGCGUAAAUGCUGGGACAUGUGGGUCUCAAAGAAAAUCGGCGACACCAGAGCUCAUCGAGAAAUGCCGACAAAGGACGCAUUCAGCGGCAAAGGCGCAAGCAAGUCCAUUUGUUGAGGUAGAACAUACUAGAGAGACCAGUAAAGUGAAAGAGUUCAAUAGCAACCUUGUAGGUAACUCUUUGCAAAGUAAUGUAAAUGCUGAGGCAUGUGGGUCUCGAAGAAGCUUGGUGACUGCCGAACUCACCACCAAACGACAACCAAGGACUCGCUCAGCGGCAAAAGCGGAAGCAAGUUCAUCCGCUGAUGUAACAGAUACCCGUGACACCAGCAAAAUAACAGUGUCCGGUAGUAAUCUCAAGGGUAACAUUCUGCCCUGUAGCGUAAACGCUGAGGUGUGCGGGUCUCGAAGAAACUCGGUGACCUCUGAGCUCACCGAGAAACGCCAGCUGAGGACUCAUUCAGUGACCAAGGCAGAAGCAAGUCCAUCUGUUGAUGUAGGAGAUACCCUAGACACCAGUGAAAUAACAGUGUUCCGUAGAAACCUCAAGGGUGACACCUUGCAUAACAGCGUAAAUGCUGAGGCAUGUGGGUCUCGAGGAAACUCAGUAACACAAGAUUUCCCUGUGAAAUGUAAACCGAGAACUCAUUUAGCGGCAAAAGCGGAUCUAAGUGCUUUAGAAGGUUCCAGAAACAGCGGUUUGAAAUUAACGGAUCUACAUAGAGAAACUCACUCCAAGGUCAUCCCGGAACUUCAGUGUAAUAACAAUUCAAAAAUUGUUCUUGAUCUCGAUUUUGAACUCCAGGGUGGAAGCUGUAAUAAUGUCUGUGCAAAGAGCUUUCGGACAAAUUCGUUUAUAAUGGCACCAACAGAAGGGCGCCAAAAAAUUCAUCGAACUCAAUCUCAUUCUCCCAGACAGGUACGACAAGGCUUGUUUGAUAUCAGCACAGCCACGUCGAGCACCAAGGAAAGGAUGAAAGAUAGAACAUUACCACGGGGUGAAAGCUAUGUAAGUUCAAGAACCGAUGGUGCACAGAAACUACCUUUAGGAAAGAGUCUUCAACAGCAGGUUUCCUUUAAGAGUAAAAAAAAAUUGUUAGGCGACAUAGAUGAAAGUGGUACCUUCAACUGCGGAAAAACGCUUUCUUCCGGUUCUUUUGACAAAUCGAGCACUUUGGAGGUCUCGGGUGUAGACUCAGCGAGGUCAAACAUUUCAAGAAAUUCAACGGAAAGGACCCGCGAUGAAAUAAAAAAGGUUGAUAAGGCUAAAGACAGUAAGAGUGGCGGAGCGAGAUUUCAGCUCUUAAAAGAGCGCAGCGGUGUUCCUGUGUUAUUGGAUGAACCACAAAGGGAAACAGCAAGUUACUUGACACUAAAACUCGGCGAUAGGAGUUCAUUUAAUGCUAUAACACCGUCAGGCGAAGGAGUUAAGACACUAUCAGUCUCUUCCCUUGAAAGCAAUGCUGUGCGUUCUCUAAGGAAGCUACAAAAGGUUCGAUCCAACUCUCUAGGACAAGAACCUUCCGAAGGUCUCACAAUGAAGUGCAAUACACUGAUGACGAAAGGUGUUGGUGGGGAAGAAAAAAAAAAAGAAGUAAAUUGCAAUCAAUAUGCAAUUAGUCCAAGUGCAUUAAACAAACAUCGCCGAAAAUCAUUUACUUCUGAACUUAAUGAAAAAUUACGACUCAGGAGGAAAAGGAUGGAGAACAAAAAAAACUUACAAAUGCAGCUAAAAAUGUCUUCAAAAUCACCGAGUCAUUAUCUGGUGAAGCCAGUUUUUAUAUCUCUGGAAAAUUGA